UUUCCCGCGGCCGUUCGCUAUUCAAGUGGAUCGUGGCGGCGGCGGCGGUUGAGUGUAACGGUCGCCCUGCUCCGACGCGACGAUGGCGGCCUUGGGGCCCGGAGGCUACGCGCGGAAUGAUACAGUUGAGAAGCUGCCAUCAGUCGUAGCGGGAGUUCCAGCGCGGAGGGCCCAGUCUUCCCCGCCUCCGGCUCCACCGCUCUGCCUCCGGCGGCGGACGCGACUCCCGGCGGCUCCAGAGGACACGGUGCAGAAUCGGGUAUCACUCGAGAAGGUACUUGGCAUCACAGCCCAGAACAGCAGUGGCCUAACCUGUGACCCCAGCACAGGCCACGUGGCCUACCUGGCAGGCUGUGUGGUGGUGAUUUUGAACCCCAAGGAGAACAAGCAGCAGCACAUUCUUAAUACUGCCAGGAAGUCUCUGAGUGCUCUGGCCUUCUCCCCUGAUGGAAAGUACAUAGUGACGGGGGAGAAUGGGCACAGGCCUGCUGUACGUAUCUGGGACGUGGAAGAGAAGAGUCAGGUGGCGGAAAUGCUGGGCCACAAGUAUGGCGUGGCCUGCGUGGCCUUCUCGCCCAACAUGAAGCACAUUGUGUCCAUGGGCUACCAGCACGACAUGGUGCUCAACGUCUGGGACUGGAAGAAAGACAUCCUGGUGGCCUCCAACAAGGUAUCAUGCCGGGUCAUUGCCCUCUCCUUCUCAGAGGACAGCAGCUAUUUUGUCACUGUCGGGAACCGGCAUGUGAGGUUCUGGUUCUUGGAAGUGUCCACUGAAGCAAAGGUCACAGGCACGGUGCCCCUGGUGGGGCGCUCAGGCAUCCUGGGUGAGCUGCAUGACAACGUCUUCUGUGGUGUGGCUUGUGGCCGGGGCCGGAUGGCAGGCAGUACCUUCUGUGUGUCCUGCUCGGGCCUCCUCUGCCAGUUCAACGAGAAGAGGGUGCUGGAAAAGUGGAUCAACCUGAAGGUCUCCCUGUCUUCCUGCCUCUGUGUCAGCCAGGAGCUCAUCUUCUGUGGCUGCACUGAUGGGAUAGUCCGCAUCUUCCAAGCCCACAGCCUGCAAUACCUCACCAACCUGCCCAAGCCGCACUACCUGGGGGUGGAUGUGGCCCAGGGCCUGGAGCCCAGCUUCCUCUUCCACAGGAAGGCAGAGGCCACCUACCCGGAUACAGUGGCGCUGACCUUUGACCCCACGCACCAGUGGCUGUCCUGCGUGUACAAGGACCACAGCAUCUACAUCUGGGAUGUCAGAGACAUCAACCAAGUAGGCAAGGUGUGGUCGGAGCUCUUCCACAGCUCCUACGUCUGGAACGUGGAGGUGUAUCCUGAGUUUGAAGAUCAGAGAGCUUGUCUACCAUCAGGAUCUUUUCUGACUUGUUCCUCAGACAAUACCAUCCGCUUCUGGAACAUGGACAGCAACCCUGACUCUCACUGGCAGAAGAACAUCUUCAGUAAUACCCUGCUGAAGGUCGUGUAUGUGGAGAACGACAUCCAGCACCUGCAGGAUAUGUCACACUUCCCAGACCGGGGGAGCGAGAAUGCGAUGUCCGUGGACGUGAAAGCUGGGGUUCGAGUCAUGCAGGUCAGUCCUGAUGGCCAACACUUGGCUUCAGGCGACCGAAGUGGAAAUCUGAGGAUCCACGAGCUGCACUUCAUGGACGAGCUGGUCAAGGUGGAGGCCCACGAUGCUGAGGUGCUAUGCCUGGAGUACUCCAAGCCGGAGACAGGGCUGACUUUGCUUGCCUCGGCCAGUCGGGACCGACUGAUCCACGUGCUGAACGUGGAGAAGAACUACAACCUGGAGCAGACCCUGGACGAUCACUCCUCAUCCAUCACGGCCAUCAAGUUCACUGGCAACAGAGACAUCCAGAUGAUCAGCUGUGGCGCCGACAAGAGCAUCUACUUCCGCAGUGCCCAGCGGGCCUCGGAUGGACUGCACUUUGUCCGUACCCACCACGUGGCUGAGAAGACUACCUUGUAUGACAUGGACAUCGACAUUACCCAGAAGUACGUGGCCGUGGCCUGCCAGGACCGCAAUGUGAGAGUCUACAACACCCUGAACGGGAAGCAGAAGAAGUGCUACAAGGGCUCCCAGGGUGACGACGGGUCCCUGCUGAAGGUCCACGUGGACCCCUCUGGCACCUUCCUGGCCACAAGCUGCUCUGACAAAAGCAUCUCAGUGAUUGACUUCUACUCAGGCGAGUGUGUUGCCAAGAUGUUUGGCCAUUCAGAAAUUGUCACCGGCAUGAAGUUCACCUAUGAUUGCCGUCACUUGAUCACCGUGUCUGGAGACAGCUGUGUCUUCAUCUGGCACCUGGGCCCUGAGAUCACCAACUGCAUGAAGCAGCACUUGCUGGAGAUCAACCACCGGGAGCAGCAGCAGAACACGAAGGACGGGAAGUGGAGCGGCCACCCCAGGCAGGAGAUAUAUGCAUCCGUGCCUAGUGAGAUUUGCUCUCUGAGCCCUGGAGAGCAGACAGAGGAUGAGCUGGAGGAAGAAUGUGAAUCUGAAGAGUUGCUGAAGACCCCAUCCAAGGAGAGCUUGGAUCCAGAUCCUCAGUGCCUGCUGACCAACGGCAAGCUGCCGCUCUGGGCGAAGCGGCUGCUAGGAGAUGACGAUGCAGCAGACAGCACGGCCUUCAAUGCCAAGCGCAGCUACCAGCCGCAUGGCCGCUGGGCAGAGCGGGCUGACCAGGAGCCUCUUAAGACCAUCCUGGAUGCCAGGAACCUGGACUGCUACUUCACCCCCAUGAAGCCCGAGAGCCUGGAGGAUUCCAUCCUGGAUGCAGUGGAGUCGCAGAGACUGGCAGGCCUGCUGAGCGAGUCCGAGAGUCCCCAGGAGGACGGCUGCGGGCACCCUUCCUUGUCACCCCCACAGCAGGAGUCUUCUGAGGCCAGCGAGCUCAUCACCUGCCCCCCAGAGACAGAGGUGACAGUCACCGGGAUGGACAGCGAGUACUGUGCGGAGGCGGUGGUGGAGGCAGACGGAGACCAGCAAGGGGACCCCUUCCUCCGGGUCCCCUCAAUCGACUCGAAGAACCGGAGUCCACCUGAGGACUCGGGGGAGUCAGAGGCUGACUUGGAGUGCAGCGUCACCACCAUCCAGUCCUCCCCUCCACAGCCAGACCCAGAGCCUCAGUUUGACACGAUUCCCCCCACACCAGGAUGCCCAGGGAACGCAGGAGAGUUGCCCCGGCCCGAGGUGCCAGGCGUGUCCAACAGCUCCCUGCCCCAGACCCCUGAGCAAGAGAAGUUCCUCCGCCACCACUUCGAGACGCUUACUGAUGCCCACCCUGAGGAGCUCUUCCUCGGAUCCCUGAGAGACCUGAAAGCCCCUGAGACCGAGGACGACUUCUUCAACCCCCGACUGAGCAUCUCAGCCCAGUUCCUCUCCCGCCUUCAGAAGACAUCCAGGUUCCCCCACACCUUCCCUUCCCGGCUGCCCCGGCAUCUCGUGAAGUCCUCGGAGGUCAGACUCACGGACCUUGGGGGCGAGCCCCCAACGGCAGGUGCUGGUUGCACCUCCCCAGUCAGGACCAGCGUCAUCUCUGGAGGAAAGGCUGAGGAGACACUGGAGGUGUGGUCCCCACUGCCCCCCUGCCUCACGGGCCUGGCGCCCUGCAUGCCCUCCUCCUCUGCGCUGCCCACCGACAAGAAGCCACCAGCACCCACAGCCCUACCCACUGCAGGCCUGGCUCGGAGUGUCCACACCCCCACCACCCACUCCCACAUGGAGGCCACUGCCAGUUCCCAUGCCAAGAUGUCCCGCAGCAUUUCCCUGGAGGAGCUGGCCUCCCUGAGCCAGGAGCUCCAGGAUGUCACCACCACAGUGACACCCAGUUCUGAUGGUGAGGGCCGAGAACCUGCCCUGCCCUCCCGGGGCAACCAUGAGGCCCGCGCCAGCCUGAAACUCAGCCUGUCAAGCAUCUGUGAUAGGCUCUUGCUGCCCCCACCCCAACUGGAGCCUCCCACCACAUGUGUCUGGUCCCAGGAGCCUGUGGACACAGAAUGCAAUGUCACUGUUACGACAGAUGGUUUUCCAGCCCACAGCCCUGCGGAUGGGAUCGCCUCGAGGCUCCACAAGUCCGCCUUUCUCCCAAGGUUCCUGGCCCCUGUGCGCCUCAAUACCCCUGUCCCCAACAGUCUCCCGCUCCCAGAAGCCAGGCCUAGGGUCCUUGGCAGCAUCGCCUCUCUCCGGGAGCCCACCCCUGAAGCGCCCAGUCCAGUCCAGGACUGCCCUGGACACUGGGGGGACCCCAGGGCGCCAGCCAGCUUCCUGCCUCCAGACCCCCUGGAGCUGAGCAAUGUGGGGACUGUCGUGCACAGACUGCAGGAUGCCUUCCAGGAAGCCCUGGACCUUUACCACCUGAUGGUCUCCAGUGAUGAGGUGAGCGCCGAACAGCGGCAGGCACGGACUGAGCUGGCCUCCACUUUCCUCUGGAUCCACAGCCAGUUAGAGGCCAGCGACUGGCUAGUGGGGACGGAUGUGGCCACAGCCCAGGCCCCGCCCAGCCCAGGUGGCCCCUCCCCGCCUACCCUGUGCCCCUUGGCCAGCCCAGAUUUGCGUGCCCUGCUGGAACACUACUCAGAGCUGCUGGUGCAGGCCGUGAGGAGGAAGGCACGGGGGGACUGAGGGCCAGCAGCCUCUCCACGCAGCCCUGUGCUUCUGAGGAAAUAGGUAUUUUAAGCAAAUAAACAGACAACUUGCAGAA